AUGGCCACCAACGGAACAAACGGAACUCAUGCCGGCAACGUACCCCGCCGCCCCAUCCGCAUCGCCGGCUGCUCGGCGGGUGUCUACGACCGCAAGCGUGCAUUGCACGACCUCGCCAAGAACGAAGACCCCGACGUGAUCACGGGUGACUGGAUGUCCGAGUGCAACAUGACCUGGCGCGGCGCCGACAAGCAGGAGCGCCUGGCUGGCGGCGACACAGCCAAGGUGUCGUCUACCACUGGCUUCGAGCCGUCGUUUGUACAGAAGCUUGACCCUGCGAUCCCUUGGCUGGCAAGGCGCGGCAUCAAGGUGGCCGUCAACGCAGGCGCCAGCGACGUGGCUGGUCUUGCCGACGCUGUGCGCGGCCUGUGCACCAAGCACGGUGUUGCGCUCAAGGUCGGUUAUGUCGACGGUGACGAUGUCACAGAGGCUUUUAUGAAGCUGUAUAACAAGGGUGCGUUCUUCUUGAAUUUUCUUCUUCUUUUUGGUCCUCGCUUCGCUCGAAUUUUUAUACUCGUAGUGCUGCUAACUCGUAUCCUUGCUUCGGUCGGAUGCUCGGAUGCAGGCGAACCCUUCUUAAGCCUCCCGCAAAACAAGGCCAUCCAAGACUGGGGCUUUCAACCUCUCGCGGCCCAGUGCUACCUCGGCGGAUCGGGCGUCGCCGCCUGCUUUGCCGCUGGCGCUGAUAUUGUCGUCUGCGGCCGUGUCUCCGACGCCAGCCUUGCCGUCGGUGCCGCCAUGUGGUGGCACGGCUGGACGCGCGAAACGCAUGUCGACGAGCUCGCCAGUGCCCUCAUGGUCGGUCACCUUAUCGAAUGCGGCACAUACGCCACUGGUGGCUAUUAUUCCGGGUUCAAGGCGUUCGGCAGGAAACGCACAGAUUUCGGGUACCCCAUUGCCGCCAUUGACCACAAGGGCGAGGCCGUCAUCAGCAUGGAGCGCGGCCGCCACGGCACGGUCAAUACCGGCACCAUCACGAGCCAGCUGUUGUACGAAAUCCAGGGUCCGCUGUACUACAACUCGGACGUUACCGCGCAGAUCGAUGGCAUCACCUUCACGCAGGUAGGCGACAACCAGGUCCACAUCGGCGGUGUUAAGGGCCUGCCGCCACCGCCUACCACGAAAGUCGGCGUCACCGCGCACGGCGGUUACCAGGCCGAGUUUCACUUCUACAUCACGGGGCUGGACGUGGCCGAAAAGGCCGCCAUGAUGGAAGAGCAGAUCCGUGAGCUGAUUGGCAAUGAUAUCGACAAGUUUUCGGCGCUGAAAUUUCAGCUCGCGGGAGGCGUGCCGUCUGACCCGGAGUCGCAGGAGGCGGCCACUGUUGAUUUCCGCGUUGUCGCCCAAUCGCCGCAUGCCGACCUCUUGUCCGGUGACAUGGUCGGCGCCGACCGCGGCACGUUUGCCAGCUACUGCAUCGAGAACUUGUCGCAAGGAUACCCAGGUAGCACCAUGGCGAUCGACAUGCGCGCAUCGGUCGGCCGGCCAUACUUUGAGUACUGGGCGUGCCUCAUGUCGCAGGAGUUCGUGACGGAAACGGCGCACUUACCUGACGGGACGGCCGUUGUUAUUCCACCGCCAGACCCGGCCACCACACGGGAGUAUGCGCGCGAACAGCCCAGCGGCGACACGGCCAACCCCGUCACCGACCUCGUCGCGGCUUUUGGCCCAACGACACGUGCGCCUCUCGGUUACGUCGUGCUGGGUCGCUCGGGUGACAAGUCGUCGAAUGCCAACGUCGGCUUCUUUGUGCGCAACGAUGACGAAUGGGACUGGCUGCGGACGCUGCUGAAUGUGGGUAAGCUGCGUGAGUUGCUCGGCAAGGACGACAUCGGCAAGCAGAUCGACCGCUUUGAGCUGCCGAAACUGCGUGCCGUCCACUUCUUGUUGAAAGACCAUCUGGACAGAGGCUUCAACUCCACCACCGGCUUCGACAGUCUUGGUAAGAAUCUCUGCGAGUACCUCCGUUCCAAGCACGUCGACAUCCCCAACAAGUUCCUGGAGCGUGGGCGUAUUUGA